UCCUUGAACUUCAUCUCCGAAACAUCCACAAUCCACAACACAGCAAUAACAACAUUCGAAGAGUGACAAUGAUUUCAACAUCCUCAUCUUUGAGUUCCUCAGCUCAUUUCAUUGGCCCAAAGGUCAUCAACAUCAGCGGCCAUCGCUCAUCCCCAAACUCCGUCAAGUUCCGUGCACCUCCUAUCUCCGCAGCAUGUACAUCGACGGCCGAGAGGACCGUGUCCCGGAGUACGUCAACGGCUUCCUCGCUUUAUGAGGUUCUUGGGAUUCAAAUGGGCGCCACGAGUCAUGAGAUCAAGACCGCCUACAGAAGGUUAGCGAGAGCGGUGCAUCCUGACGUGGCAGCUAACGGUCAAAGGGGUCAGACUUCAGGGUGCGAGUUCAUGAAGGUUCAUGAAGCGUACGCCACGCUCUCAGAUCCGGAGAGACGCGCCGAUUACGAUCGCGUGCUUUACAGUAGGCAGCGGACGGUGAAUUAUCCCAUGGCAAUGUCGAUGAGUACGGCUACGAUGGGUUCCGGAUUUGCUGGACAUACACGGCGGAAAUGGGAGACCGAUCAAUGCUGGUAGGCAAAAAAGCAGGAAGACUCAUUUGGACAUAUUACUUUUCAAAAUUACAGAUCGACCGUGAUCUUAAUCAGAAGCUAAAGCAUGGUUUUGAGGGUAUUUUAGGUAGCUGAGCUGUUACAUGGCGGUAACAUUUUGUACAAAUGUAAACAGGCGCCUUUUUAACAGCCUGUAUGUAUGCAAAAUUUGCAUCUUCCAUUUUUA